AUGUUGGAAGUCAAAGCUAACAACUGGUACCGAGACAACUACCUAAUCUCAACUGAGCCAAAUUUACUACAAGUUGAAGCAGUCAAUGCAGCGCUGAGUUCCGAUUUAGUAUGGUGGGCGAACGGGCUGCCCCUGGAGACGACGAAGAAGGCAUUGCAUAACUCGCUCUGCUUGGGCCUCUACGCUCUGCCACAGUCCACCUCUGAAAUCGCCGGUCACAGCAGUCCCAAGCAAAUCGGUCUGCUUAGAGUAGUGACAGACGAUGUAACUUUUGCAUACCUCACCGAUGUGUAUGUCCAGCCAGAGUAUCAGGGGAAGGGGCUGGGGCGCUGGAUGCUGGAGUGUUUGGACGAGAUUAUCAAGGGCUGGCCCCAUCUGAGGCGGUUCAUGUUUCUGACAAAUGACGCUAUGGAUCUGUAUCGAAAGACCAUUGGGGCCAAAGAAUGGAGCGAGGCCAAAACAGAGGGUGUCCAGGUCGGGACGGUUGAGGGGCCGGGUUGGCAGCAGCCUCAGUAG